AUGCAAAAGUAAGCAAUCGGAAUGACUAGGUCAGCUAAUCUUAGUCGUUAAUCAUCUAUCUCAUCUCAAACAUCAAAUUCGGACAAAAAACCUAAAAUUAACUCUUAUAUAUCAUUAUCACCUCGUUUUGACCCAGAAAAAGGUUUGGCUUUUGAAAACAGUGUUAAAGAAGUGAAAAUCAAAGAAGAUGAAACAGAUUAACCAUAACAAUAGAUUUAAUAGAGUCCGAGUUAAAAAAAUAUUGGAAAGAUCAAGAAAUAAUCAAGCUUUACUUUAAAAGCAUAAAAAGAUGAAUAAAUGAAAAAAAGCUAAUUCAGUAGAAUAUAAAGAGCAGAUAGCUUAAAUCCUUAGAAAAAUUAAUGA